UGCCCUCCCUAAUUUUGUUUGUUACAUUUUUUCAUCCUUCUAAAUUUUUCAAAAUUAUAGAAGCGCCCCCACAAAAUUUAAAAAUAUAUAAGUGGUUUCCGGAAAUUUUCUUGAUGCCUCCAAAGUUUAAAUCCUAGAUCCGCCCCCGCUUGAUUCCGUAAAUAGGAAUGAAUAUAAAGUCAAUGUGAAGCCUGAGGUGCUGUAGAACUACAUGGAUAUGACUCUACCUCCUCUGGUUUCCUCAGGCUUUCUUCCAGUAGGGUCUUUGCUGGAGUCAUUGAUUCACAUCUCCAAUGAAGUUGCAUCAAUUGAGAAAUUUCCGGUUGUACAGGUUAAGAACGUGUCGAUGAUGAUACGAAGGGUCAAGCUGCUUUCUUCAUUGUUUCAAGAAAUUCAGGAGACUAAUGCCCCGCUUCCACCUUCAUCAAUUCUGUGUCUUACUGAGCUGUUUUCGGUGAUCAGAAGGGUAAAAUUAUUGAUAGAUGGUUGUAAAGAAGGUAGCGCGUUGUGGAACCUCAUGCAGACGGAUCUUUUAUCAAAUCAAUAUCAUGUAACAGUAAAAGAGAUGGGAAGUGCGUUGGAUAUUUUACCUCUUAGCUUGCUUAAGAUAACAAUUGACACGAAAGAGCAAGUUGAACUUCUUCGCAAGCAAGCAAAGAGGGUUGAAUUGUUUGUUGAGCCUGGAGAGAUUCAGAGACGCGAGGAGCUUUUCCUAAUGAUGGGUAGCUAUCGUGACAGGAACAAGAGAAACACGGGUUUAGAUGAUUUUAACAGAGUGAAAGAGAUAUUGAUCAGCAUUGGUGUGAGAAGUCCAUUGGAUUUUGAGGAGGAGAUUUCGAAGCUUGAGGCUGAAGCAGAGAAGCAGGCAGGAACAGGUGGCCUUAUCGUCGUUUCCAACAUCAACAAUCUUAUGUCUCUGAUUUCCUUGUCAAAAUCCAUGAUUUUUAGUAGGGAGAACAAAGAGAAAAUCCCGGAGGAUCUGAAGCAAUCUUCAGCAUCAAAUUGGCAACACGAGCACUCUUCGUCGUCUCAGUCGUCAUUCAACAUCCCUGAUGAGUACCGUUGCCCAAUUUCACUAGACUUGAUGAGAGAUCCGGUGAUAGUAGCAUCAGGACACACUUAUGAUCGAAACUCAAUUGCCCAGUGGAUUAAUACAGGGCAUCACACGUGCCCUAAGAGCGGGCAGAGACUAAUUCAUAUGGCAUUGAUCCCCAAUUAUGCACUCAAGAGCCUUAUACACCAAUGGUGUGAAGAGAACAAUAUAACGAUACGUGAAUCGACUUCCUCUCCUCCAGACUUGGACCGGAGCAGUGGCAAGAGAGAGUUACAAGAUAAAGCUGUCGAUCAUAUCUCUGCCACAAAAACCGCAAGUGAUGCAGUUAAGAUGACCGCAGAAUUCCUUGUGGGCAAACUAGCAACCGGAUCACCAGACAUCCAAAGACAAGCUGCAUACGAGCUCCGUUUACUAGCAAAAACUGGUAUGGAAAACCGCAGAAUGAUUGCAGAAGCCGGAGCCAUACCGUUUCUGGUCACACUGCUAGGCUCCCCUGAUUCAAGAAUCCAGGGGAAUGCAGUCACUGCAUUACUAAACCUUUCUAUAUUCGACAACAACAAGAUACUAAUAAUGUCUGCAGGUUCACUUGACAGCAUAAUACACGUGCUUCUUUCGGGGAAAACCAUGGAGGCCAGAGAAAACGCAGCAGCAACGAUCUUCAGCUUGUCGAUGGUUGAUGAUUACAAGGUACUCAUUGGCGGACAUCCAAAAGCAAUUCCCGCUUUGGUGGAACUUCUCAUAGAUGGAACUACAGCUGGGAAAAGGGAUGCUGCAACCGCGCUUUUCAAUCUUGCCGUUUACAACAUAAACAAGUCAUGUGUUGCGGUUUCUGGGGCCAUUCCCUUGCUCAUUGAGCUCUUGAUGGAUGACAAGGCAGGGAUAACUGAUGAUGCAUUGGCAGUUCUUGCACUGCUUUUGGGGUGCUCUGAAGGACUAGAAGAAAUUAAAAAGAGCAGAGUAUUGGUGCCUCUUCUUAUUGAUUUGUUAAGAUAUGGAUCCCCCAAGGGCAAGGAAAAUUCUAUAACACUUCUUUUAGGACUAUGUAAAGAUAGUGGUGAGGAAGUUGCAAGGAGAUUAUUGAUGAAUCCAAGGAGCAUUCCUUCUCUGCAAAGCUUGGCUGCUGAUGGAUCUUUAAAGGCUCGAAGAAAGGCUGAUGCUCUGCUCAGAUUGCUCAAUAGAUGUUGCUUCCAGUCUUGAUUUCCUGUCAGAUAAAAGUCACAGCUGAGUCUAAACAAAAUUAAUAGCUGAGGAAGAGAGAAAUGUAAAUUUAUGGAGAUAUUUCUAUUGAUAAUGGAUU